AUGGAACUCGAGUGUGUUAAGUGUUCCAAGGAUCCAUCAGUCUAUCGAAAGGUGGUUAAAGGAGAGCUUCUUGUGGUGGCAGUAUACGUUGAUGAUUUGUUUGUAACCGGAACAGACAAGAAGCUUAUCGAUGAGUUCAAGAAGAAUAUGGCAAGUAAGUUCGACAUGAAUGAUCUAGGGAAGCUCACAUAUUACCUUGGUAUAGAAGUGUGUCAGCAUGACUAUGGGAUUAAUUUGAAUCAAAUGCGUUAUGCGAUGAAGAUUCUUGAAGAUGCAUGUUUGUCCAAGUGUAAUCUAGUCCAAGCUCCAAUGGAACUCGGACUGAACCUGUCGAAAGCUGAGGAAGAGAAAGAGAUUGAUGCUACAAGUUUUAGAAGAAAUAUCGUCUGUUUGAGAUAUUUAUUGCACACGAGACCUGAUCUAUCCUUCUCAGUAGGAGUACUUAGUUGUUAUAUGCAGUCCAAGAGAGUCUCAUGGUGUUGCGCUGAAGCAAUGUUUGAGAUAUUUGCAAGGAAGUACAAAUCUCGACUUAGUAUUCGAGAGAUCGUCAAGCAAGAUACCAAGGUUGGUUGGUUAUAG